AAGAGAAGGAUGAAGUUUUUUCUAAUGUACUUUCCAUGUCUUCUGUUACCGGUGUUUCGGAAAAGACACUAAUUUGGGCUAAGAAUGAACUUUUGCUUAGCACAGAAUUUAUUUAUGUAAAUAACAAAGCUAAGAUUCUAUUAGGUUGUAUGCGCUGCCUUUAUGAAGAUGAGAACUUUCUGAAAUUAUCAGAGAAAGUUUUAAUCGACUGUCUUAUAGAAUUACUAGGGACCCAAAGCAUAGUACACCAGUCGACGGCUUUUGAAAUAUGCCGAUCAUUAUGCAAAAGUUUCAAAGUAGAAGCAGACACCAGAAUUCUGACGUUACAAGUAUUAAGCAUUCAUGCUUAUCAACUGCUUUUGUGGGUCCUGAGAGAGUGCCCCAUCGCCUGCCCGCUCUGGGAUAACUGCUUGUGCUGCUUUUUCUAUGCAAUGGACUCUUUACCCUUCGAGCCCCUCGUCUCUGUCAUUGACAAGCUGGAUCCUUCGGUUCUCGGGGGCCUCUUCGAAAGUUCGCUUUUUCUUUCUUCUAUCUGGACCGACAAGCUCAUAAACUACUUCGAGCUCGCUUUCUUUGCAGAUAAGAUUCAACUCCGGGCUGAUAAGUUUGCUAUGCUCUGUGGCGGAUUAGGCUCUCUCGAACGUUCAACGUUUAUAGUUUGCAAAUGGAUAAAUAUGUUAGAACUGGGCGACCUCAAGGAACUGAAGAGCUUUGCGAGGAUCCUGCUAGCAGCGGCUUUGCAGGAGCAAAACGUUGUGUCGCCAUCUAAUCUUUUCUCCAUCAUUUCGAAUGCUGAGAGCUUCUGCGUUUUCUUGAAGAAAGUCUGCCUCUUACCCCCCUUGGCAUUUUCAGAAGCUGCCCUCCAAGAAUGCAAACCGCUCGCGAUGCUUUCUAGUAGUGCCGUUGACUGUAUAGCUCAAUUGCUUAGCUGCUUAGGAGACCUACUUGAGCGAGCACACAGACGGACCAUGAUGGGCAAGCUGUGUUCUAGUACAGCUUCCAUCAUACAUGGGUUACUCCACAGCGAGCUAGUAGAAGAUCGAGAUAAUGGGAUGAAAUGGCUUCUGCAGUUACUUUGCACAGGUGUAAUCGGCUGGUCUACGUUGGAAAGCAUUCUCAUCGGUAUUUUGGAAGCUCCACUACCGGAAGUUUAUUAUUUAGGAUACAAACCUGCACGCAAUACUACCCUACCCCACCAGGUGCAAAAGACCUUUUAUAUCAUUAUAAUGGCCGUGUUCGAACAGGCACGUUGCCUGCAGCCUCUACAUUUCGCGAAUGACGGCGAGUUAACGGCUUGGGUGAACUGCAUGCUAACUAAAAGUGUGGUUGACCAUGGAGAAAGUGGGCUUCAAAAUACACUAAUAGCAGCCCACAUCCUAUUUCUUUUGCUAUUGGACGUCAGAGAUCAGGAGCGUAACUUUCGUAGAGAGGAAAUUACAAAUAUGAUCCUACACGGCACUAAAGGCAUAAAGAAAAAAGCUUUAAACGCUAUUAAUUCGCUGUUAUUGAAGCAAUUAUAUUGCUUUCUUGCAAAUGCAGAAAGCAUUGAAAAAGAAAGUGCGAUGAAAACCAAACAGGCCAUGCUAGUAUUGCUUGUCCUUCAAAGUCAAGAAGAAGCUUUCUACAGAGCCAUCGGAGGGCCACAGUUUUUCAACAACCUCCUUGAAUCCAGCGACCCAUUUGUGUUGCUUGUUGCUAGCGAGUUCUUAAUUAACAGGGUUUCUUUAUUAGGAAAAGAUAUUCCUAAUGUUUUGGUUAAGAAACACGUUUGGAGCGCCACUGAAACGCACCCUUUAAAAAAACUUAACAAAUUAAGAAAUUUUUUAACCUGUUGAUUUCGUAGGCUAUAAUUCCGAGCACCUGUAUAUUAUGGACAGCAGAGUAAUAUUAUAAAUAUGAAGUAUAAUAAAACUAAAUCGAAGUAGCGAAGAGCACCGUACAAUUAUUUGAAUAUUACAGAC